AAAAGUAUAAAAACAAAAAGUGGCUAUAACUUCCUUCUUCACUGACGUAUCAACAAAAGUUAUAGUUUUAAUUUUCUCCAUUUCUUCAUUCUAUUCUUCGUAAUGUGUUCCUAAACGAGUAUUAAUUUAAAAUGUCUGGUGCGAGCGGGUCGGGUGGCUCCGGCGUGGUCCGCAACAGCGCAUUGUCAUUUGUUGCGCCGGCGCAACCUUCACCUGACCAAGAUGUUCCGAGUAAUCUGCAGGACACAUCUAAAGAACAAACGGGACAAGACUGCCUCGUACCAGCCGGCCUCAAAGCGUUGUGCGAUGCAUGUGCCAAGGUGUAUCCCGACCAGCCCAACCCUCUGCAGGUCACCACGAGACUCAAAUACUGGCUGGGCGGCCAAGAUCCCCUGGACUACAUCAGCAUGUACUGGAACCCGGGAAGUCCUGAUGAACACAUACCACCGCACUGGCAUUAUAUUAGUUUCGGUCUGUCGGACCUGCACGGCGACGGGCGCGUGCACCCGGCCGGCUGGCAGGCGGCGGCCGGCUACGGGCUGGAGCUGACGCUGCGGCUGGCCGCGCCGCCGCCGCCCGCCGCGCCGCCGCUGUGGCCCGCCGCGCUGCUGCAGGCGCUGGCCAGAUACGUGUUCGCCACCGGUAACAAAUUCUACGCGGGCGACCACAUCUCGUGGCACGCGCCGCUGGACGGCGGCGGCUCGCGGCUGCGACAUCUGCUGGUGGCGCAGGACCCGCAGCUGCCGCCCACCGAUGGACCCUUCGGCACCGUCAACUUCCUACAGUUGGUGGGGUGCACUGGUCGCGAGCUGCGAGCGGCACAGCGAGGCUCCGGGUUCGAUGUCUUGAAGCUGAUCAGCGAGGACCACAGGUGUGGAGACCCCUGGCUAGUCACGAGGGUCUCGCGACGUGCCUCCGCCAGCGGACUGAAGGGCAGGAGCAAAGGGAGCGACAAGGAAGCCGCACACCUCGCGGGGGUGACCGCGCGGCUACGGUGGCAUCCCUGGACGCCCACACCGAGCGCACAGCCAAGCGAGGGUGUGGAGCCGACGUCCCCGUCCCAGCUGUCCCCGAGCGUGGAACAGCAGAUCAAGGACACGCUACAGCGGGGUCUCACCACUAUGAACACCGACCGCACCGGACCCGAAGGUGAAGGCCACAUGUCGACCGACAGUUUCGAGAUGUCGAGCAUCGAGCGCGCCCUACCGCACGUACCGGAACUAAUGCAGGGUUCCUGGCAAAGCGAGGAUGAUGCCGUGGAGUACCUGGACGGAGUGCAUUUAAUACUGAACCCUGAAGGUGCCAGCUUGUUGCCGCUAGCUAUUGACGGGCGCGUGGCGCACGGGCGGCACUUCACAUACCGCGGCGCGGUCGGCGCGGGCGGCGCGGCCACGCUGCUGGCGCCGGCCGUCGGCGGCGCGCUCACGUCGCCUGCGCGGCCUUACGCAUGCCGCGCCACCUGGCUGCAGAUAUUAAUACCAAAAGACCUGGCGGAGGACAUGUCGCGGCAAGUGGCGGGGCUGUCGGCCCUGGCGGACACCGACUCGGAGUCGGACAGCGGGGACGAGUGCAAGCGAGACAGCGCGCCAGCCCUACCUCUUACUCUAACGUGGCAUAAACACAAGCUGAAGAUAUCCGUGGUGCACGACCACGACUUGUUGUAAUAGAAAUAAUUAAAGAAAUAAUAAUAAAGCAUAAGAUAAGACAUUUACAAA